UGGAAGAGAGCAAUGUGAUAACGUUGCAGAUGGUUUGAAAGCUCCCUUCGCCUCUCUUUCAGCAGCUGCUCCGUUCCAGGCUCAGAGUCCCCUUUCGCACCUUAUGCUCAUGCUUACCCCGUCUUCUGAUUGCAGACCCAUCUGAAUUCCGCGUCACUCCGAGUAUGGCUUGAGAUUCCAAGCAAUAGAGCGAUGGCGGCAACUCAAGCGCGUGAGUGGACCGGACUGCUGCAGUUUCCCGUGGCCACGCAGACGGCUCUGCAUAACAUUCUUGGGAAACUCCGACAGCAGAAAAAGGAGUCGCUGACAGUUUUAGUGGUGGGAAAAGGUGGUGUCGGGAAGAGCUCAACUGUUAAUUCAAUUAUUGGCGAAAGGGUCACAGUCGUCAGUGCUUUUCAGUCAGAGACUUUGAGACCGCUCCAAUGUGCAAGGACUAGGGCAGGGUUUACGUUGAAUGUCAUUGAUACACCCGGCCUGAUUGAAGGUGGUUGUAUUAACGACCAAGCAUUAGACAUUAUCAAAAGGUUCUUAUUGAACAAGACUAUUGAUGUAGUUCUUUAUGUUGAUCGCUUAGAUGGCUAUCGUGUGGACAACUUAGACAAGCAGGUUAUAAGGGCUCUAGCGCGGAGCUUUGGACCUAACUUUUGGCGCAUUGCGAUAAUCGCGCUUACCCACGCGCAAUUGUCUCCUCCUGACGGUGUGGACUACACCGAGUUUGUGAAUAAUAGAUCAGCUGCCUUGCGGGCUGCAAUUCGUCAAGAGGCAGGUUUCAAGAAGAGCGAGGGAGAGAUAUCCUACAUGUUGGUGGAAAAUAGUGGUCGAUGCAACACAAAUUCGGAAGGAGAAAAGGUACUUCCCAAUGGCUCGGUUUGGCUUCCAGCUCUGGUUGAUCGGAUAGCCGAGGUGGCAACAGGAGCUACCCCAUCCAUUCACGUUGAUCAGAAGCUGAUUGAUGGUCCCAAUGCUAAUGGAAAGGGCAAGUGGUGGAUUCCUCUGAUAAUAUUGGCUCAGUAUUUCCUGAUCGUUAGACCCAUCAGAAGUGCCAUUGAGAAAGACUUGAUAGAGGAAGAGAAGCAACGGCCACAGUGGCAGAUUAGGGCGGAAGAGUUUGUUCGUCCCACUGCAUCGCUGUACGAGGAUGAUCAAGUUGAUGAGCAGGCUAUCCGCCAGGCCCUGAAACAGGGUGCACUUAACGACCAGAUGGACAGUUUUGUUGAAGACGAUGAGGAUGACGAUGAAUACUAGAGUAGUUUUGCACGGCUGAAACGGAAGCAAAAGUUUAGUUACUAGUGCGCAUCUGUUGUUGCACAUGUAGACGAGAGUUGUGGCGCCCACCCUGUACCGAGUUGAUGACCAGAAUUAGGAUGUAUGUACUCUUUGUUGCAAGUAUUUUCGAUAGCUGAUAAAAUGUACGGUGCACAUUCGAAAUGUACAGUACAUUCAGAAUUCAGGAACACGUAUAUGUAGUAAAAUUCCCAAGCUUCAAUUCAAUUAUCGUCGUUUCAAGAAACCAAAAA